CCCAAAUCAAGUAAAUCCUAGAUUUCCCAGAAUCUCUGUCCGAACCCAAAUUCUUCGUCUUCCAAUUCUCAGCAAACCCAAUUCCUCAUUUUUUUAUCUCCAUCAGAAGAUAAAUUGUCAGCCAAUGGCCAAGUGUUUCAGCUUCACAGCAUCGCGAGACUGGUGCUACAAAUACUCCUUCACCUACGCCGGCCUGAGAUCGUCGACCACCAACCUCGGCGACGGCACGGUCAUGCACUGCUGGGUCCCGAAAACCCACAACCACAACAAACCCACCUUGCUUCUCAUCCAUGGCUUCGGGGCCAACGCAAUGUGGCAAUGGAAUGAGUUCAUUUCCCCACUAGUCUCAAAGUUCAACGUCUAUGUACCGGACUUACUCUUUUUCGGCGAAUCGUACACCACAAAGCCGGACCGGACAGAGUCGUUUCAAGCUCAGUGCGUCAAGAGGACGAUGGAGGCCCAUGAUGUGAGGAGAAUGAAUGUGGCGGGGCUGAGCUACGGUGGGUUUGUUGGGUAUAGUCUGGCGGCGCAGUUUCCAGAGGCGGUGGAGAGGGUGGUGAUAGGUUGUGCCGGGGUGUGCGCGGAGGAGAAGGAUUUGGAGGAGGGGAUGUUCAGGGUGAAGAGUGUGGAGGAGGCUGUCAGUAUUCUGUUGGCGCAGUCGCCGGAAAAGUUGAGGGAGUUGGUGAGGCUCGCGUUUUACAAGCCGCCCAAGAUUACCCCAUCUUGCUUUCUCUCGGAUUUUAUUGAGCCGAAGACGAACGGUGAAAUCGACGAAUUAGUUGUUCCGGUCAUCGAGAAAUGCAGAUCUCGGCGUUUCGCUGUGAAAACUCUCCGUCGCAAUGAAUUGGAUUGA